UUCUGAAUAUCAGUUGGACUAUUCUAGUUAACAAAAUUUUCAGUUAGAGACGGCGCACAACUGUUACUGACUAUGGCAACUCCUAUUUAUACCUGCGAUUUCAAAGUUUUAGGCAAAGUUAAUCGUGCUCCCUACAGGAGGUAUGCCGAGGUAUAUGGUCGAAAAGCUGGCAUACGUGGAUGGUUAAUGACUUCUUUGUAUGGUUCUGUUCAGGGUCAAAUGGAAGGAACAAAAUAUCAAUUGGACAAAAUGAAAAAAUGGCUAAGGUGCAAAAGUACAUUGGUGAAGACACCAACAGCUUUAUUUACGAAUUAUAAACGUAUAAAUAAACACAAGUAUAUGGCAUUUUACGCAGGUUAAAGGAGUUUUCGUCCAUUGGAAACAACAAGCAAAGCUUGUAAAUACAGAUAUAUGUAGAAACACAGUUGUGUCGUUGGAAAGCUGGAUCCAAAAUUAUACGUUGUAAAAUUUUUAAUAAAAAGUAAUUGUUAACAAAAAUA